AUGGAGUCAGACCCUGGAUUUAUUGCUGCCCUCGAGGAGGCAAAGCAAGGUUACGCUGAAGGUGGAGUUCCUAUCGGCGCGGCAUUGGUCUCCAAAGAUGGCAAAAUCCUUGGCCGUGGACACAAUAUGCGCGUUCAGAAGGGGAGUGCGACAUUACAUGCCGAGAUGUCUGCUCUGGAGAACUCGGGCCGCCUUCCUGCUUCGGCCUAUGAAGGUGCUACCAUGUAUACAACCUUGUCUCCCUGUGAUAUGUGCACGGGUGCCUGCAUUCUCUAUAAAGUGAAGCGCGUGGUCAUUGGCGAGAACAAGAGUUUUAUGGGUGGGGAGGAAUAUCUUAAAAACCGUGGCAAGGAAUUAGUUGUCUUGGACAAUGAAGAGUGCAAGCAGCUGAUGGAGAAAUUCAUGAAGGAGAAGCCGGAGCUCUGGAAUGAGGAUAUUGCCGUAUAAGCCGUGAAUAUAUCAUAGGCCAAUCAGCCAUUCGCCGAUGAGCUGCAGGGUAUGAGGAAUCGCAGUGUACAUAGUCAGAGCCUCAACCCUUCAAAAAUCAUCGCCAUGAUCAUGUCAUAUGCUUUGUUUAAGCCGUUAGUCUGUGGAUCUCCUCAAAAAAGAAUUUAAGAUCCUCAGGCUUCACAAAUGGAGUAAUGCCUGCACAAAUUAGCAUGUUUUAUCAACCUAAAUGUCAUGGGACGUCAUUACCAUGGCCCAAGUUGGCAAUCC